GUCUGCGCGAAUUUGCUCAGCUACCAUGGGCGACCAUCAUAACAAGUUGGAAAGACUGUUUGCACAGUGUAAAGUAUUUCAUUGAGAAGACAAUUUAGUACGGUCUUGGAGAAAUCAAUAAUAGAAGCAGAAACGAUCACUGAAUGGAAGCCACGCGUGGAAUAACAUCUGCAGUUUCCAAAUACAUGUAUACCAUUCAGGAUUGAUAUUAGUAUUACCAGAGUACGAACACACCUACCCAAGAAGAAGACACUGUACUCAAAUUGCGUUCACUCAAAUGAAUGUGAUAGAUUAGAAAGAUGUGGGGAUAUUCAAGCUCAGAUGGAGUUCGGGAGAGCCUGAGUAUGACCUCAGGUUAUGCAACGCAGCCUGUUUAUACGAUGGAACCACGUCCUCCAUAUGCUGUAGGCAAUCCACGCCCCAAAUCAGCGCCAAUAAGGAAACAGGUUGCUGCCGACAGAUGGACAGAUUCCUAUUCAGACUAUGUGUCAAGUCAUCAAAGGUUACCACAGCAACAAACUAUAGACUCUAGAUAUGUUUAUAGACCAAAACACCAUGCAGGGCGUCCAUUUGAAACAAUCAAUCGAGAGAACCAGAUGCGUAUGAUGUCGUAUCCACGAGUUGAGAACGGGAAGAAGGUGUACCUUCCAUCGUACUCAUCCCUAGGUGACCCACAUCUUACUGACUAUUUUGCCAGAAAAUUUGGCCUGGAAGCAUAUCAUCAUUCCACUGCAGGAAAACGAAGGGCAACCAGCGCUAGGUCGUCAAAUAGUCUCCGUCCACACCGGCCAGGGAGUGCUAAGAAUUCCGAAACGGUAUACAGGAUUGAAGUGAAAACAGGGGAUAAAAAAGGAUGUGGGACAUCAGCAAAUGUGUUUGUCUCUAUGAAGGGUAGUAAAGGAAAAUUCCCUAAGAAGAAGUUGACCAAGAAACAGACCAAAACCAAGUCUGGCCCAGUCCACUGCAAGUUCAAUAGAAACACAAGCAAGGUUUUUAAUCUUAAAGGCCCAGAAAUUGGGGAUUUAACGUCUCUUACAAUAGAGCAUGAUGGACUUGAAAAGAAAGACAGCUGGUUGUUGGAAGAGGUCAAAGUAACUAAUUUACAUACAAAGAAGUCAUGGUUAUUUUUCUGUGGUCAAUGGCUUUCAUUGUUUCAUAGUGACUGCCAACUAUCUCGAAACUUAACACCUGUAGAUGCAAAGAAGUAUGGGAAAACAGAAUAUGAGAUAGUAACAGUUACUGGUGACGUUGGGGGUGCAGGCACAGAUGCCAAUGUGUACAUAACACUUUUUGGGGCACGCCGGUCGUGCAGUAAGUUUCAGCUGAAGGCGCAUGGGAAAUCGUUUGAACGGGGGAUGAGUGAUAUAUUCAGGCACAAAUGCGAUUGUGUUGGACCUCUGAAAAAAAUUAGAAUAGAACAUGAUAACACAGGAUUUUCUCCAGGCUGGUUCCUAGAGCGUGUUGUCGUAACUGAUCUGAAGAAUCCAAAGAAAUCUAAGUAUUACUUCCCAUGUAGCCAGUGGCUAGCAAGAGACGAAGGAGACAAACUCAUCUCAAGGGAUCUACUUGGCAGCAAAAACCCCCUAGCUGUUAGAAAAUCACAAAAGUACAUGGUUCACGUUUUCACUGGGAACAAACGAAAAGCAGGGACUGAUGCAAAUGUGUAUUUGACGCUUUUUGGGGAAGGUGGAGAUUCUGGUGAACACCAAUUGAACACGUCAAAGAAUAAUUUUGAAAAAGGAAGUGAAGACAUCUUUGUAGUCGAGUGUCCUGGUCUUGGAGCUCUGGAUAAACUGAGAAUAAGUCAUGAUAAUUCUGGAUUAGGAGCCUCAUGGUUUCUUGAUAAGGUCAUAGUGGAUGAUACAUCUUUAAAUAAAACCUACAAAUUCCCAUGCAAUCGGUGGCUGGCAAAAGAUGAGGAUGAUGGGAAGAUUUCACGAGAGCUCUACUGCGAGGGCAGUGGAAAAGGUUCUAGAGGAAUACCUUAUGAAAUAAGGGUUACAACUGGAGACAAGCGGUAUGCUGGUACAAGUGCGGAUGUUUACAUCGUCCUCUACGGUGGCGAAAAUGGCGAGCAAACCAGUGGCAAGAUUAACCUGGAUGGCAAGUUUGAACGUGGACGAACGGAUGUGUGUGAUGUUGAGAUUGGAUCAAUACUGAGUCCGCUUAGUCGGAUUGAUAUUGGUCAUGACAAUGGUGGGAGUGGCGCGGGGUGGUUUUUGGAUCGGGUUGUCGUAAGCUGUCCAUCGACUGGUAUCGAGCAGACGUUUACGUGUGACAAGUGGCUGGCAGACGACGAAGAUGAAGGUGUGAUUCAGAGAACGCUCUAUGAAAACAAGUCAAUGAGGAAGGCAAAGAAGAAAAAGUUGGCUUGGAAUGUUACAGUUUUCACAAGUGAUGUUGGCAGUGCGGGCACAGAUGCUAAUGUGUGGAUGUGUCUCUAUGGAAACCAAGGCAAAACAGAUGAUAUUGAACUCAAGACCAAAAGUGAUGUAUUUGAACGAGGAGAUAAAGAUAACUUUAAGAUUGAGGCAGCUGAUGUAGGCAAGCUGUAUAAAAUGAGAAUCUGGCAUGACAACUCUGGCUUAGGCCCAGGCUGGCAUCUUGAUAAGGUUGUAGUUGAGCAGGUGGCCACAAGGAAGAAGUAUACAUUUAACUGUCAGAGGUGGCUUGCGACUGGUGAAGAUGACGGAGAGAUCAUCCGAGAGCUCCCAGCCGAGGGUGAUGGCAUCAAGAAACCACUCAAAAUUGUGAAAUACAAUGUUCAGGUAGUGACAGGCGACAAGUUUGGUGCGGGAACCGAUGCAAAUGUUUAUUGCAAUGUCUUUGGUGAACUUGGUGACACUGGUGAUAGGCCAAUGAAAAAAUCGAAAACUAACAAAAACAAAUUUGAACGGAAAGCAAUUGAUGAAUUUGUGAUAGAGGCUGUGAGUCUCCAACAGCUUUCUCGUGUACGAAUUGGGCAUGAUGGUGCAGGUGCUGGGGCUGGUUGGUACCUUGACAAAGUGAUCGUGAGGGAGGAGGGAAAAUCAAAAUCAGAGGUUGUUUUCCCCUGUAGCAGGUGGCUUGAUCGUGAUGAAGAUGAUGGCUUGAUUGUUAGGGAACUUGUUCCAGAAGGGAAGCCACAGUUACUUUCAACCACAUCCUACCAUGUGUCAGUGAAGACAGGUGACGAGCGAAGUGCUGGUACUGAUGCCAAUGUCCACAUCAAGUUGUUUGGUAAAGAUGGUGAUACCGGAUUAUUACCCCUCAAGCAAGCUGAAAACACUAAGAACAAGUUUGAACGAGGCAGAACUGAUAAGUUUACAUUGGAAGCUGUUGAUAUCGGCAAGCUUGAAUAUAUGAAGAUUGGUCACGAUGGGUCAGGGCCAGGUGCAGGCUGGUAUUUGGACAGUGUUGAAGUUGACAUCCCAUCUCGUGGUGAGACGUAUAACUUUGCGUGCCAUCGCUGGCUGGCAGAGGAUGAGGAAGAUGGAGAGCUUGAGAUAGAGGUAAUGCCGACAGACUUCAAGAAAUCUAAGCCAAGAAUUCCAUAUGAAAUAACUGUUACAACAGGAGAUGUCAGUGGUGCUGGCACAGACUCAAAUGUCUUUAUUCGACUGUAUGGUAGAGAUGGUGCCAAGACUGAGGAACACAAGCUAAGAAAUAGAACAGAUAACUUUGAGAAGAGCAACACUGACAAAUUUAAGAUUGAAGCUGAAGAUGUUGGCCCUCUUACCAAGAUUAGGAUUGGUCAUGAUGGUGUUGGAAUGUUUUCAGGCUGGUUCCUUGAUAGAGUCGUUGUUGAAAGGUUUCCUCCUAAGAAAAAGUUAAAACGAAGUAAAUGUAAAUCUAAGCUUGAUGCCAGUGAUGACGAGGACAACAAAGGUAAACUUAAAAGACGAAAAUCUAAAUCAAGACUUGAUGAUAGUGACGAUGAGCAAAAUCAUGGGAAGCUGAAAAGAAGAAAAUCGAAAGCUAGUCUCAAAAGUGAAAGUGAUGAAGAAGACACAAAGGGAAAGCUGAAAAGAAGGAAGUCCAAAGACAAACUGAAUGAUAGUGAGGAAGAAAAAAAUGAAGAAAAGGAAGAAACAACAAAGUAUAUUUUUGUGUGCAACCGAUGGCUAGCUAGGGGAGAGGAUGAUGGACAGAUUGUGAGAGAACUUGUGCCCACAGAUGAGAAUGGGAAAGUACUUAGAAGAAAUUCUCUCGUUAUUUCUGAGUAUAUAGUGCGAGUCUUUACGGGAGACAAAUUUCGUGGGGGAACUGAUGCAAAUGUGUUUCUCAACAUAUUCGGUGAAAAGGGCGACACUGGGGAGAGGAGAAUGAAAGACUCAGAAACUCAUCGGAACAAGUUUGAGAGAAAUCAGGAAGAUGUGUUUAAAGUUGAAGCAGCUGACUUGGGCAACUUAUCUAAACUGAAAAUACGACAUGACAACUCAGGUACUGGAGCAUCGUGGUUCUUAGAUCGGGUCGAAGUUGAAGAUAAGAAGCAUAAUGCUAGAUAUUACUUUCCUUGUCAACGUUGGUUAUCAACCAAUGAAGACGAUGGACAGAUAUCUAGAGAAUUAGUACCAGUCGAGAAAGAUCUGAUGAAUCGAUUAUCUAAAAGUAAAUCACUCACUUCAAUCAGAGAUGAACUUGCUCUUGAAACUAAAGCUGCAAUGGAAACAUAUCAUGUGUUUGUGACAACAUCUGACGUCAGGGGAGCUGGUACCGACGCCAAUGUUUACAUCAUCAUCUUUGGCGAGAAUGAUGACACUGGUUUAAUUAAUUUGAAAUCAUCCAAGACGAACAAGAACAAGUUUGAACGAGGCGUAACUGACGAGUUUGUGGUUGAGGCUGUGAAUAUUGGUAAUAUUCAGAAAAUUAGGAUUGGGCAUGAUAAUAAAGGUGGAUUUGCAGGCUGGAUGUUGGACAAGGUUGUCAUAGAUGCUCCCUCUCUGGGCAAGAAGUGGGAAUUUCCAUGCGGUCGUUGGCUGGAUAAGGGAGAGGAUGAUGGUCAGAUAGAGAGAGAACUAUUCCCAAUAUCAACAAGAACAGAAGAGUAUGAAAAACAUGUUCCAUACGAAAUCACUGUGUAUACAAGCGAUGUAGGUGGAGCUGGUACAGACUCUGAUGUAUUUAUCGUUCUGUUUGGUAUGGACUCCAGCACAACCCAGAAAAGCCUCUGUGAAAAUAAAAAGCAACGCAAGGAAUGUUUCGAAAGGAAGAAAGUGGAUAAAUUUGUGGUUGAACUCGAAGAUAUCGGAGAGAGUAUUGAGAAGAUUCGAAUCGGCCAUGAUGGUUCUGGAUUUGGAGCUGCCUGGCACCUGGAUAAGGUGGAGGUCAGGAAGUUGUUGGAUAAGGGAAAGGGCUCAAGGACGUUUGUGUUCCCAUGCAAGAGAUGGUUUGCUCGUAAAGAGGAUGAUGGCGAGAUCGUGCGGGAAUUGGUUCCAGCACAAGUUACUGAGGAGAAAGUUGGCAAAGAUGGAACUCUUAAGAAAAAAGAUCUCAAGCAGUCAACAUUAACAAUGAGAAAAUACAAAGUCCUUGUGUAUACAGGCGAUGUGUUUCGUGCUGGCACUGAUGCUAACGUUUUCAUCAAUAUUUUUGGUGAAAAUGGUGACACAGGAGAACGUAAACUGCAUAAAUCUGAGACAUACUCAGACAAAUUUGAGAGAGGACAUUGUGAUAAGUUUACAGUGGAAGCAGUUGAUCUUGCUAAAGUUUUCAAAAUCAAGAUUCGUCAUGACAACUCUGGUUUUGAUGCCGCCUGGUUCUUGGACAAAGUGGAAGUAGUUGACACAGAUGGUGAAACGGCGUUGUUCCGCUGUGAGCGCUGGCUCGGUAAAAACAAGGAUGAUGGCAAGUUGGAAAGAAGUCUUUACAUAAAGGGUUAUGAUGGUGACACAUCAAGUACUAGUACACUAAGCACAAUGCAUCGUAGUGCUUCAAUGCGCUCACUGAAAUCCAUCAAAGAGAGCCCUCGCUCGGGUCGUCAGUCAGGAUUAGAGGAUCCACAAUAUGAUGGACCUACUAUACCCUAUACUGUGAAGAUAACAACAGGCAAAGAGGAAGACAUGGGUACAACGGCAAAUGCAUUCAUCAACAUCAUUGGACCCAAGAAGAAGAAUGUUACGGGCAAGAUUCCACUACACUUGGUUAAUAAGACUAAAAUGGAGCCAGCGUCCACUGAGACAUUCUCGCUUGAGGCACCCGACGUUGGUGAUGUUCAGAAGAUUGAGAUUGGACAUGAUGGUAUGACACCACAAGAGGGUUGGUACAUAGAGGAGGUGGAAGUUGACAUGCCGACAGUCGGAAAGCAUUACAUCUUCCCUUGUAAAUGUUGGUUCUCCAAAGACAAAGAUGACGGUCAUAUUGUUAGAACACUGCACUUGGAACAAGGGCAGAAACUACAGUAUAAACCAAAAAUCACCUAUGAAGUUACUAUCUAUACUGGGGAUGUUCAAGCAGCGGGAACCGAUGCACCCAUUAUGAUGACCGUGUUUGGUAGCAAUGGUAACACACCCGAUAUGCCGAUUGAUAAAUGUGGUGACAGAUUUGAGCGGGGAGGUGAAGACAUGAUAAAGAUGGAACUUGAAGAUAUUGCACCCUUGAAGAAGCUGCGAAUAGGUCACAAUGGUAAAGGAAGUAGACCAGAUUGGUUCCUCGACAAGGUGACAAUGAGGAACAUGGUGAAUGGUGAACUCACUGUUUUCAAGUGUGAAGAUUGGUUAUCAAAGAACCACAGUGACAAGAAGGUGGUACGAGAUCUGCCAGCUACUAUCAAAGGAAAACAGCAAAUAAAGAAUACAACAUAUACUGUAACAGUAAAAACGGCUGAUGUUCGUGGAGGUGGAACUGAUGCAAACGUUUCCAUCAUCAUUUUCGGGAUGAACGGUGAUUCUGGCGAGUUGAAGCUCAAAGAGUCUACCACGCAUCGUGAUAAGUUUGAAAGAAAUCAGACAGAUGUUUUCAAGUUUGAUAAUAUCUUAAGUUUAGGAGAACUGAUCAAGAUAAGGAUUUGGCAUGAUAAUGCAGGUUUUAAAGCUGGAUGGCAUCUUGGGAGCGUGGAGAUUCAUGAUGCAAGGAAAGACGAAUCCUAUAUGUUUACUGUAAAUAGGUGGUUAGCCCGUGACGAGGAUGACAAACAGAUCAUGCGUGAAAUCACAUGUGACAACCAAGCCACGCCGAGGGAUAAUAAGGAAAAGAUUGUAUAUGAGAUUAGUGUUACAACCACAGACAAGCGAGAUGCAGGAACCCAUCAGAAUGGAUGGAUUAUAAUACAAGGUGAUCUAAGAUCGUCGAAGGAGUUCCUUAUGGAAAACUCCCCCAAGGAUAAAAUAUUAAGAAAGGGAGAUACAAAUACUUUCAGAUUCUCCACUAGAAAUGUUGGUAAAAUUGAAAGCAUCCUUCUAGGCCACAAAGAAAGGCCAGACGGUCCACGGCCAAAAGGUACCGGUCGUGACGUGGAAUGGCAUUGCUAUGAAGUACUUAUAACAGAUUCCAGCAAUGGAACAAAAUAUAUAUUCCCUUGUAAUUCUUGGAUACCACUUGGUUAUGAUCAUGAAGAUGGUAAACUUCUUGUCCCCAAAUCUGUUGAAGAGGGAAGAAGUACCACAGUGAGAAAUCUGGCUCCAGUACAUUAUGAAGUCAUUGUAGUAACAUCAGAUGAAAAGGGUGCAGGCACAGAUGCUAAUGUAAGCAUUACAAUAUAUGGAUCAAAUGGAGACUCUGGAAAACAACCACUGAAGCAGAAAUGGCGGGAUUUGUUUGAAAAGGGUCAAACAGACAAAUUUAAACUAGAGAUAUUGGACUUGGGAAAACUUCAAAAAAUUCGAAUAGAGCAUGAUAACGCUGGGUUCAAGAAUGCAGCCUGGUUGUGCGAUAGAGUAGAAAUCAUUAAUACAGCAACAAGUGAAAGGACUCUCUUUCCAUGUGGAAAAUGGUUGGACAAGAAAAAAGGAGAUGGGGAAUUAUUUAAAGAGCUCUAUCCACAACAGACUUAAGAUGUUAGCGGUUUCUCAUGCCCUGGGGUUAUACUGGAAACAGUGUAAUAUCUGCACACCUACUUUGCUUGAAAUAGCAAAUUUAUAUUUGGAUAUUUGUACCAUCAUAAUGUCCUGUAAAACAGAACACCCUCAAAAAUUAAAUAUUGAAGAUUGCAGUUUACAGAGCGCAAUUAUAUGUUCCUGGGAAGGACAUAUUUUCGAGUGAUGUUUUGGUAAUAUUGGAAAUAAUUAAAAAUAAUCAACACUGAUUUGUGUAAUGUGACAAUAAAAAUGUAUUCCAUCCAAUUAACCUUUAUAUGCAGUACUAUAUUCCACAAUUGGAAUUUAUAUAACAAAUGUAAUUUUAUUUAUGCAUUUUUGUGAUUUAUGCAUUUUGCUUUUUGUUUGUAUUAUUUUUGUUAAAUCUAUGUAGAUAUCCACACAUGUGUAUAUGAGAAUUAAAUUGUGUAUAUAUUAAAAUUUGUAUAUUUUGAGACACAAUUUUUUUUUGAUAUGCAGAAAACGAUUUAUUUUUUGUGGUAGUGUUAAAUAAACAUGUACAUGUUGCUUAAGCAAAUUUUCUGAAUAUGUCGAAUUCAGAAAUCGCUAUUUGGUGGCUUCAAACACUAAUGACAGUUUUCAGUAUUUUUUAUUAUAAAUGUAUUUUAGGAAAAACAGGAUGUAGUGCCAAAUUCAUCAUUGUCUCGAUUUUUUUAAUCUUAGAGGAAAUGUUUGUGUGAGUUUAAACAGUAAAGCUCUUGGUUUAUAGAAUGUAGUAUUUAAUAUUCAGUGUUUGUAAAUUAAAAUUCAACAUAAUGUUAAAAGUGCACAUCAGAGUUUAAGAAAAAUUGUCUUUUUUAGAGGAGUAUUUCCGUGGAUUUUUCUUCAAAAUCACCAAAACUCAAAAGAUGAAUUCAAUCUAAUAUUUUAAUUUUGUGUUUUUUAUAUAAAUAGUGCCAAAAAAUCGUAUUUGUAGCCUAAUAUUUAAAUUGAAAACGCUGCAUUUCUAUCAUAUUUGUUAUUGUCUUAUUGCAUUGGUCAUGUAGGGGGUAGUGUGAAAGCGGAUUUGCUGACUUGUUUUAUUUUGUAUAUACAGGUAAUAGAGGUUUUGUAGUUUAUUGCUUUCCUGCGUGGCAUAGUCAUGUUAUUUACUCACUUUGGACCAAUCAGGUGCCUAGGAUCAGUGUAUUUUGUAUGAAGACAAACAGUGUUAUUAUUGUUAGAGAGGUUAUAAUUACAUAAAUUUGGUUUUUGUCACUUUAAGAAAGUGAGCUAUUCUUUUAAGAAAAAAAAUUCACUGGGAAUCCAACCGAGAUUAGGACUUACUUGCUUCAACAAGUACCAACUGAGCUAAUAAGGCUAAGCUGGUACAGGAAACUCACUUGUAUUUCCCCAUUAAGAACAUGGGGAUUUUUUUCUCUCUCUACUCUCUAGGUAUUACAUAAAAUCCAAUCAGCAUGCUACGAAUGCUGUAAAAUGUUUUGUUGCAAGUGAAUAGACGUUGUUUUGAUUGAUGAGUCCUUAAUUCAUUCAUUUAUCGAUUUUAAUUUAGGUACAGUAUAUGAUAUAUGGACUUCAUUUCACUAUUGAAACAAAAUUAAGAAUAGAGUUUAUGAAUGAUAAUAUUUUUAGGUCUAUAAAUCAUUGCGAUAGUUGUUGUUUCUAACAUUAUCAGUCAUGUUGCGUUUUAAGUCUGCUAUUGUGUAUACCACCUUUAGUAUUAGGCGUAUCCGCUUGAAGGACUUUUAACUGUAUCUGUAUCUGUACAGAAAAGUCCUGGUUUUAAACAUGUACUUCGUAAUGAAGUGAUGACGUCCUCCAGCCCCAAGGAUAGAUAGAUUUACCAUUUUACUAUUCAAGCUCAGGUAUAUUUUUAAGCUGUACAGUACAUGCUCAGAUGUGGUAGCAUUCACUAAAUCUAUAAUUAAUUAGAAUACUUUAAACAGUAUGUUUAUUUGAAUCUAGGCAUUUUUCUGGUAGUUGAACAGCAAUUGUUGGAAAUAAAUGUUUCACAACUA